AUGGUGUACCAUUCGCUGACUCAGGCUCCCCAAAACCUCAAGGAGGCCAUAGAUUGGUUAAUGGCCCUGAAGGGACCUUAUUCCAAAUUAACCAUUCAGGCCAUGGGCGCUGCUAUUUACGAUUUCCUUUCAGACAAACCUGUUGGCAAGAUGGAGGUGCCAGCUCUCGAGGAAGUCAAACUUAUUUCCAGGAGCUUCCUGAGGAAAUCGCAGCUUCAGAACCACUGGUCUGUAGAAAGGCUGGUGGGGAGAUUUAGUGUACGUAUGAGUAAAUCCGAUGGCGGAUUAGCAUGUAAUGGCCAUAAAGAUUAUCUCGAAAGCGAUCAUGUGAACGUCGUAAGGGCCAGGCGUGCCACUCCGAGGACCAUUGCGAAGAAUAUUGGUGAAGUGGUGCAUGCUACUGGGAAGUUUUUGGAUGAGAUCAAAAACCCUGCUGAAUAUAAGUCGGCUUACGGCCCAGAAGUGAACUGGAUUCAAUCAUGCGUGAAUGACCCAGAAGCUUGCGCGGUGGUCUUCGUGGGUAUUGCGCCUAUGUUAUACGCAGGCCUGCGUUGUUUGAAAGAUGCGGACAGCGUUGAACAGUGGAAGUGGCCAGAGUUUAAAGCACCAACUUCGGAUGGUUUACUGAAAGCUGUGGGUUACGAAGAGCAGGACUGCCGCGCUGGGAUCAGUGGUUACGACGUCCGCAAAGCGUUGAGCGGCGUGGAUUUACAAAUAUUGUCCAUCAUCUACGACAUUGCUGGAUUCUGGGCUUUCUAUUGA